AUGGAGGACGGACCUAAGCCACGCAAUCCACCACCAAAGGUCAAAAGAGCUAACGCACCAUCGGCUCCCGCCGACUCUUCCGAUGAUACGUACGUAGACCAGGAUUACGAAUCUCCAAUUCGUCGAGGUCGCUACCAUGCUAAUCGACAAAGUGGGUCACCUCCUAUGACACCAACGUACUCGGCUACGCGUCAAGUGAAAGUGCCUAUUGUCGAUGCUGAACCAGAGACUACGAUUGGUGCAGCCGUGAAGAUGAAAGGUGAAUUGAGUUUUGAACGUCUAUUACGAAUCGAAGGUGAGUUUGAAGGCAAAUUGAAUUCUAAGGGAUCGCUUGUCAUCGGAUCACGUGGUGCCCUUUUUGGAAAUGUUGAUAACAUGAAGGAGGUGUUCAUUGCUGGUGGCCGAAUCAUCGGUAACAUCAAUGUCGAGAAGAUUUCGGUGCGAGACAAGGGUCAAAUUUUCGGCAAUAUUACCGCCAAGACUAUUAAGAUUGAGCCAGAGUGCAUCGUUGUGGGACAGUUAAAUGUAAACCCACAAGCACCGGAGAAGAUCAAUGAUAAAGGCGAGAUUGUGAAGGUCGACGUAUCACAUGGUACGUCUCAAAGCUCAUAA